AGCAUAAUCCAGAAGACCAUGAAUCCAUAAUAUCAAUCUUUCAGUUUCAGUUUCACUGCUUCUUAACUCAGGAAGCCAUUUACUUUCCAAUUCUAAUCCUCAAUUUCCCCCCCCUUUUUUUUAUUGCAAAUUGAAACUCCUAAAUCGCACACAAAAUCUCUUAUCAUGACUCAUCGUUUCUCUCUAUCGAUGCAACUUCGCUCUUUCCCCCAAAAGGUGUGAGUUUGACCAUCACAACGACAAUAAAUCUCUAUCUUAUUCAUUAAUUGCACCUUAUAUUUUUCGCUUGAUCUCUAUCUGCAAUCCCCUAUCAAUAUCAUUUUAGGGUUAGGGUUUUGGUGGUCGGUAGGGUUUCUUAGAUCCCUUUUGGAAUUACCUUAAUUCCACCAAAAGGGCAUUUAGGGUUUGCUUUGUUUAUUCAAUUAACUAUGCAAUAUAGACGGCGCGAAGAGGAGCAUGCUGCACUGUCUCCAUCUUCGAAGUUGCGUGCCCCGCACCGAGGUGAAGCGGGUUCCGACCCGUUUAGGAGGAAUCGUCGAGACGUGUUGGAUCGGUCUCCGGUGCAGCAGAGCCCUUUGAAAGUGGAUGGGGUGAGAAGGGUUGGUGGUGGGAACAAAGGAGGAGGUUCUGAAGGGUUUGAAGGGAGGGAUUAUGAUUGGCAUUUGGGUGGUCGAAGGAGUGGUAGGGCUCGGUCAAGGUCACCUCCUGCUGAACAAGUGAGGAAAAGAUCACAUUUUGAUGAUGGGGUUGACCAUAGAAGUUGUUCACCCCCACCACCUAUGGGCUUGAGAGCUAGAUAUGAGUUGUCAAAAACCAUGGAUUACAGUGUGGAUAAUGAAAACUUGGAUGCAAAGCGAGCUUAUCUUAAUAGAGAGAAGGAAUUGAUUGACAGCAGAUUGGGUGGUGGGAAGGGUGUAGUGGAUCAGAAGUUUGUGAUACGUGAAAAUGAAACGGGAGGUUCAUAUAGAUAUAGGUCAAUUCCAGAUAUGGGUGUAAGUGUAACAACAAGAUAUGAAGAAGCUGGCGGGCACUUGCCUCCAAUGUCCAGGGCUGUGCCCAUGGGGAGAUUUGAGCAUGAGAGACUACAGCACAGGGACACUCCACCUAUGGAUAAGAUACCCAUCACAGAAUCCCACAGCGGGACAGAAAAAACUAUUCUUCAUGCAAGGGAUGUUUCUUAUGCUCCUGUAUCUCCCUCUUAUGCAAGGGAUUUUGCAGGCACUUCUCACAUGAGGGAUUAUGGAAGCUCCUCCAUAGAAAUGCGGAGGAGUGAUUUUCUAUGCUCACAUGACGAUGGCAUGUGUUUACCUACUACAUCUUAUGAUCUAUCAAGGAGCAGUCGAAAACUUGCAGAACCUCUAGGGUUUAGUGGCCAUGGGCAAAGGACACAUGUAGACACUGCUAGAGGUCCUCAAAUUGGACAUAGGAAUAUGAUGUGUCACCAGCGAUGUGAGGUUAGUCCUCCCAGGUCUGAGCAUGUAGAUUAUCUUAAUUCUAAAUUGCAGGUAAGAGCAGCACAGGAUGAGCGUUUGUAUCAAUAUGAUGAUUUACGUAGAAGGAUAGCUCCUCAUGGUCGAUUGGACUAUGAGCAAGCUGUAAUGGAAUAUGAUACUAGUGAAUCUUCCAGACCUUAUAUCUCAAAUCCAGAUUUUGAUAGAACUGGUAAUAGGGAAGAAUCUUAUGGAAAUCAAAGAAGGGGUAAUAUACAUGAUCACCCUGCAUUACAGAAGCCAAAGUACUUUGAUUAUCAUGAUGUUAGAAGAACAUCAAUUGCAUCAAUGCAAGGUGAGGCCUAUUUGCAAUCUGGAUAUAAUCAUCUUGAAAUUGGGAAGAGAAUGCCACAAGAUUAUGAAGUAUAUAUGGGUGCACCUGAGGCUGAUCGAUUAUCAAUUUUAAGAACAGAAUAUGAAUCUCGAAGAGAUAGUGAUCCAGGGCUCCAGCAAGAAAGGUUUCAAAAUUCACCUUUGUCUAAACAUAAUUCAGAAACUUAUAGACAAGCUGUCAGAGUGCAAGAAAUGAGACAAGAUAUUGGCAUUCAUGACCAUUCAGAUAGACUUAUGAAGAGGAAAUGCAAUGCCAAUGAUGAAAUAGAUAUGCAUGAUUUGAGAACAGUAAAACCAAGUAAAUGGAAUGCAACUGAAGAGUUUCAAGAUGUAUAUGAAACUGAAGAGUGGGUAGAUGUUGGAGAUAUGGAUAUGUUGUAUUCAUCUGGUAAUGUUGGAUUCAACCAUAAGAUAUACAGGAAGUAUAAGAAAGAAUAUGAUGAAUUAGAGAAUGAAGAAGAUUUUCCAUCUGAUGAGUGGAAUUUACCUCAAGAUUCUAUGGGACAUGUACAAAGAAAUUCAUUUCGAUUUCAGAAGUAUUCCAAUCAAAAUAUAAAGCAUCAUUCAAAGUCCAGUUCUUCAAAUUGGUACAAACCCCAGCAUUUUUCUAAGAGAAAUGCAAUUCAAAAACAACAUAAAGUUUGGAAAAAGUAUGGAUAUGAUGAGGAUAACCAUACAACUAAUGAUGAAUCAUCUGAAGAUUUGAUAAAUGCUGCAGAAUCUGAGCCAACUGAGGGCUCUGAGGAGUUUAAUCAAAUGGUACAUGAGAAUUUCUUAAUGUACUCCAAGAAGUUGAAUCUGAACUUAUUUGUGCAAAGAAGGUAUCAGGACCAAGGAAAAGCGGGUAGUUUGUACUGCAUCGUAUGUGGCAGAAGCUCCUCAAAAGAAUUCAUGGACACACAACGCCUAGUAACUCAUGCUUAUAUGUCCCAUAAGGCUGGGCUGAGAGCAAAGCACUUGGGUCUUCACAAAGCUAUUUGUGUUCUGAUGGGAUGGGAUACUGUUGUUCCUCAAGAUACAGUAACUUGGGUUCCCCAGGUCUUGCCACAUGCAGAAGCUCUGGCUCAAAAGGAGGAUUUGAUUCUUUGGCCUCCUAUUGUUAUCAUCCAUAACAUAUCGAUGUCUGAUGACAAUCCACAAAACUGGAAGGUUGUGAGUAUGGAAACAAUUGAGGCAUUUCUAAGAGGCAAAGGUUUUGUGAGAGGAAGAAUUAAAUUAUGCCUAGGGAAGCCUGCAGACCAAAGUAUUAUAUUGGUGAAAUUCCUGGGCACGUUUGUUGGGCUGGGAGAUGCAGAGAGGCUUCAUAAAUAUCUCUCUGAUAAUAAUCGUGGUAGAGCUGAAUAUGAGAGAUUAAAAUCUGAAAGUAUCAAAAGCUGUAAUAUCAGAGAGACAGAUCAAGGAGACAAAGUGGAGAAUAUUCUCUGUGGUUACGUGGGAAUUGCAGAGGACUUUGACAAACUAGAUUUCAAUAGUAAGAAAUGGAGUAUGGUAAAGAGUAGGAAGGAGAUUGACGACCUGGACAAUGCUCCUGUUAAAACUGACGAGAGGCGAUAGUUACAAUUAUGGUUGAAGUCCUUUGAGGAAUUUCAUGGACUCCUUGACGCCAAGAAUUGAGUGUUCUAAUUGGAUAAUCUGUUUGUCCCUAUGUUUUUAUUAAUAGUUCAUAUGUAUAUGAGUCAGGAACUGGAAUUUCAUUAAAACGUCCUUUGUAAGAGAUAUGUUUUCAGUUUCUGAAUGUUUUAACUGAAUUUGACUGAAGGCUGAUGCAGAAUCUUGAGCUUCUGUGACUGUGAGGAGCAAUGUAGCCUUUUGUUAAAUGGUAGUUCAGGAUGAAUGUCACCGAUGUUCUAAAAAUAAUAUUUUAUCAUACUCUUAGGGUGAGGGCAAGACUACUGUCUAAAGCCAUCAGUUAUUUGGAAUUUACAUAAAAUGUAUUUUAUGUAUUUGUAAAAUGUAGGUUCUGUUCGACAUUUCUAAAUUUGUAUUAUAUUUAAAUCAGUUUAUUAUAAUAACUUUAUUACUGAC